AUGUUGAUUCUGCAUUUUGCGGUGCAAAGCGCAACUAAUGCUAUCUUGAAGAUUCAGGAACCAUGCCUCCAUUCGGAUCCAGCUUCGCCUGACCAGAGAACCGAAAAGACAAGUGAGCAUGUCACUGUUGAUCCCCCUUUCAAUGGUGCCCAGAUUGAAGAUGUUGGAGCUUCAGCCAAAGGGAAGGAGACUUCUAUGGUUGAAGAUGAAAGCACCACCACGAAAGCCAAUGCCCCCCGAAUUGGCUUGAAACAUGACCCAGCGGAGGAAGCAGUCUUGGCACAGUUUGAGCCAGUGGAGGUAGCCACCGGGAAAAAGAAGAAGAAGAAAAGGCGCCCCAAGAGCCAGAGAGGAAUUGGUGCACCGACUGGUUUUGAGCCCUGGCAUGCUGAUGCCCCGAUGACUCCAGCAGAGUUUGAAGAGGAUAAGAGAAUUUACGACCCAGCUCUGCCGAUUCUUGAAACUUGUUAUUACAUGCCUCACUACAAUCCCGAGACCCAGGAGGAAAUCAAGAUGUGCACUGAUACCAUGAAGAACUUCUUCACUUAUCUGCUCUACCACGACGUGUGCCCUGAGCAGAAAGAGGACCUCGAGGCAGCCAGGAAGUCAUGCGACCGCUGUGAGAAGGAGUUGUGGCUUUGUCAACAAAUUGUCCGCCAUGAUGGCCCUGGGCAUUUCAACCGCGCUUGUUCCACGUUGUUUGCAGGGUAUUACUAUGACGUCCCCGAUGAUCCUGAUGCGUGGCGCCAUGUCAGAUUCACCAGCAAGGACACUUUCACUCGUGAUAUUGCACGCAAGGUCAUCAAAUAUGCGAUUGCAAUCAAUGGUGAUGACCGAAUGACUCGGAAAUUCAAAUGCCUCGUCGAAUGGGAUAAACUCCAAACGAAGCAAGUUGAAGACAUCGACGGGUUCGAGGUCAUAUCAAUUGAAUAUCCAUCCGAGGAGGCGCGCGCUUACUACCGAGAGCUUGCUCCGGAUUUGCUUCCGGUUGGGAGGGUCAAGGCAAGGGAGUUCCGUGACGAGAGCCGCGGUGAAUUUGAUCUCGCUCCCUGGGAAAAGAUCGACUGGGAUGCUGGAUUCGCCCCGGCAUACAAUUUCGAAUUCUUCCUCGAAGAGUCAGUCCUUGAUCUCCUCCUGCCCGGGAUGAAAGUUAUCACCACCGUCUAUGAUACCAAUUGGGGCAUGCACUUCUACGACGAGGUCAUGAGCGUGCUGCCAACCAACUACCUCUUCACUUACAACGACUUGAUGAUAGAUUACAAGAGGCCAGAGGCUAUUGAGUGGAUUGGUGAUCAGCGCGAGAUUGAAAGGCGUCGUGCAGAGGCUAUGAUCGUCCGUCCCCCUGAACGGUCACAGAGAUACUUGGUUCUGUAUAUGCUGGCCAAGGAGAUGAGCUGGGUAGCACCGAGGAAUUCCAGCAACAGAGAACAUUGCAAGAACAUCAUCAACUGUCUUGAGAUAUAUGGAUUCAACAUGGACGAAAUCAAAGAAAAACUAGAAUUGACGGACAGGCAUAUCCCAGUGAAGACGGUUUGUAUCAAGUUACCUCCGAGGGGUCCCGAUGAGAAGCCGCCGGUGAAGAAGAAGCCGGCUGUCGUAUGGGGACCUAGCAAGCAGGGGCCUGGCCCACUAUUGCCUCUGAGGGAAAAGUUCAACGGAAAGGGGGUUAUCAAACCUGUCCAGAGGAAGCCCGACAAAAAGGAGCAUAUCGAAGAGGAGCCCGUCGAAGAGGAGCCCGUCGAAGAGGAGCCUGUCGAGAAGGAGCCUGUCGAAGGGGAGCCUGCCGAGAAGGAGCCCGUCGAAGAGGAGCCUGUCGAGAAGGAGCUUGUCGAAGAGCAGCCUGUCGGGAAGCAGACUAUGAAGGGAGCUUCUUAG